CCUUUUUGAUCGGCGAAUUUCACGUCAUGGCUACGGCUGUUGGAGGCGGAAGCGAUGUGGAGGUUGGAUUUGCGAAGCUUCAAGGUGAGGAUUUCGAGUACUAUAUGCAGUCUUACUCCAUUAUACUCGGCCGGAAUUCUAAGAAAGCGACCGUCGACGUUGAUCUCUCAUCUCUCGGCGGCGGGUCCAGGUUCCAGGUUCGGGUAAGAAGGCCGUCCGGAGUAGAGAGUUGUAUGAGUUCGAUGUUGAAGAUGAUGAUGUCGACGACGAUGAGGAGGAUAUCAGGGGAAGUGAAAAGAAAACAAGGAGAGAUGGAUAUGAAGCUUGUUUUAGACUUUGAGUAUAAGUUUUAUUGUAGUGAUUGCUACUUGAACCUUGUUAGACUUGGAUUGAAUGAUAGUGACCCCACGACAUUGUAUAUGCCUCAUGUGUGCAGAGAAGAAGAGAUCAAAGAUGUAAAUAUCACAGAGGAGGAAGCAUUUGAGAUUUUGAGGCUGGCUAAUCAAUCCUCAGGAUCCAGUUCUUGCAAUGGAAGCCGUUCUCUCAUAAAUGGAGCAAAGAAUGCUUGGGAUAUGCUUCACGAGGAGGAGUCUUUGCCGCGCAUUACUACAUCUUGCUCUGAUCUUGAUAGCAUUUUGGGUGGUGGAAUAAGCUGUAGGGAUGUUACAGAACAUUAAGUGGUUCUACUGAGCUUGCUCCUGGUCCGCAGGUGAUGGAACUAGCUCAGCAGAAUCAUCUCGAUUCCACCUUUGUCAUUUUGUUGUUAUUUUUAGCAUGUUGUAGAAUACCAGAACCGCUGUAACCUUCCGCAACGGGCACAAUCCUUGGAUAGGUUUCGGAAGAAGAGGAAUUCUAGAUGUUUCGAGAAGAAAGUAAGAUACGGUGU